AUGGCCUCAGCAACAUCCUUUCGCCAAAUCGUCGGCGCCCCGCCCUCGACGGCCUCACCCACCGACAGCACCCUCAUCAUCAUCGACGCUCAAAAUGAGUACGCAGAAGGCAAACUCGCCGUCCGGGACGUCACCUCCUCACGCAAGGCCAUCGCUGCCCUGCUGCAAAAGUACCGCGACGCCGGCCAGCCCAGCAGCAUCGUGCACGUCGUCCACGAUACGCCCGAAGGCGCUCCCCUCUUCACGCCUGGAACCAAGCUGGCCGAGGAGUUCGACGAGCUGAAACCUAGGGAUGGUGAGAAGGUUGUCAGGAAGCAGUUCCCUGGUUCCUUUGCGGGAACGGAUUUGCAGGCGCAUUUGGAGGGGUUGGGAGCGAGGGGGAAGAAGGUUGUGUUGACUGGGUACAUGGCUCACGUUUGUGUCUCUACUACCGCUAGGCAAGCUGACCAGCGUGGGUUUGACGUUCUGAUUGCUGAGGAUGCGGUCGGCGAUCGUGAUAUUCCUGGCGUCGACGCAGCGCAGCUCGUCAAGGUUGCUUUGAGUGAGAUUGGCGAUGCCUUUGGUACUGUCGUGCAGAGCAAAGACAUUGUUUAG